AAUGCUAGCUAGGGAAUAGAAAGAGAGAGUGAUAGAGAGAGAGGAGGCAGUCUUGUGAGCUACAAAGCUGCAACCCAGAAUGGCGACUUAGUGCCGACUAGACGAAUGUUCGCAUAAAGCGUCGAGUGGAGCAAGAACAACAAACAGAAGCGGAGCAGGCAAGUCAUCACAGGAACAAGGCAACGCAAUGACAUGGAAGUUUGUCUACGUCACUCUCGUACUCAACUGGAGGCUGUUAAGCAUCGUGAAAUGUUCGAGUUGUGAAGACGCCAACCAGAAACGUGUUUACUGCACUAAAAGCGGGGCCGUGCGUCAAAACAUGUGCCCCCGUGUCGCACGUGUCCCAUGCAGUACCGGGACGUGGCCGUGCGCGUGCGUCGAACCACUUCUUAGGAGUGCCGAUGGAGCUUGUGUCCAAAAACAUAAGUGUGAUCCAAAGUACAGGACACCGAAACCGAGAACUACGAAGUUCCCUCGUGGAACUUAUAUUCCAGGAGGAGCCUGGAAGACGCUUGAAAACCCGAAAAGACUCGUGCAAGUCCUAAUAACCACAAACCAAUGGCUUGCAAGCGACUGCUUCUGUAUGGACUCAGAUUACGUUGAAUCUUUUCCGCCCCGAAAGGUCGUCCGCACGGUGUCCUGCAGGAUGUACCGUAAAUUUGGGUCGUUCAACAACGCAAUGGUGAAAUUUUCGGCAGAAAUUAUGUUCGAGCUUGGCGUUGAAGACAGCGUCACUGUAUUUUACCUAAGGACAUACCGAUCUGAGAUCAGUGAAAUUCCGUUCGAUCUUCCAAAAAAAUUGAAUGUGCUUUAUGCCAAUGGUCACUGCAUUGUGUGGCAGUUCCCUGGAACAGCAAACGGCAACGACGUUUGCUCACUCUGGGGUCCCGAGAACGCAAGCGGAAUAGAUGAGCAAGUCUGCUUUGAUACUUUCAACAGAGAUUGCAACGGCGAAAAAACUAUAUCAUAUCCAAUUCAUCGUGAACGCUGCGAACUACAUGACAAGUUGGCUCAAGAGCAUGACAAGAAACCUGGGAGUAAAUAAACAA